AGUAUCGUGCGGCCAAUCGCGGAGCCUUGCGCGUUCAGAGAGGCCCCGCCCCUACGUCGGAAAGUGGGGAGGCAGGGGAGGGUCACGUGACAGUGUCGGAUGGUGUGAGGGCGGUGAAGCCGGAAGUGCCCGGGCAGAGCGUAGCGGGUGUUUGCAGUUAAUUCACAUGUCAUCAGAAAACUCAACCAUUACUGUUCGCCUGGUUCGCUCCUUUGAGCACCGUAAUUUCAGACCUGUGGUGUAUCAUGGAGUUAAUUUGGACCAGACUGUAAAGCAAUUCAUGACAUUUGUAAAGAAUGAUGUGUCUUUAAGAACAGGACUUCCACCUCCCUUUAAAAAAUACAAAUAUGAUACGAUGAAGAUUAUUCACCAAGCACAUGGAUCUAAGACCAAUGAACUUGUAGUGAGUUUGGAGGAUGAUGACAAACUCAUAUUAAAAGAAGACAGCACUUUGAAAGCAGCUGGAGUAGCAAAUGAAACUGAAUUAGCGUUCUUCUGUGAAGAAGAUUACAGAAACUACAAAGCUAAUCCUGUUUCGGCUUGGUGACGAUCCCAAGAGACCUGGGUUUUUUUGUUUUCCCAUACCCGUUUAAAACUCUUUUUUUCUGUUUAAUGAGAUUUUUUUUUAAAAUCAAUAAAUCCUAGAGGAUUGCCUCACAAAUA